CCUGGCCCGCGUGCCCGCAGGUCUGCGCGUCGGCGGUGGCCAGCGCCCCGGGAGGCCUGAGACCAGGAGCAGCUGCCCGGAAUCCCUGCAGCACAGGACAAGGAGGGGGCAUCGCAACAUGGAAACAGCCCGCAAUAGGAACGAGGGACAGGUGGACAGCGAGGGACAGCCGGGAGACGAAGUGGAGCCCGAAGACGAGGAGAAGUCCGACGAGGAAGGAAAGUGGCCUGCGGAGGAGCCUGGCGGGGGCCGGGGCCAGCUGGCGGAGGCGGGCGGGCCGGGCGCAGAGGGGCGAGCGGCUGAGGCGGCCAAGCCCCCCGCCGAGGGUCCGCCUGCAGCCCCCGCGCCGCCGGAGAGCGAGCCGCGCGCCGCCGAGAAGCGCCCGGCCGAAGACUACGUGCCCCGGAAAGCCAAAAGGAAAACGGACCGGGGCACGGACGACUCCCCCCGGGACUCGCACGAGGACUUCCAGGACCGGCACCUGGGCAGCGAGGAGACGCUGCGGGAGUGCGCCGACGCGGCCAGGGCUCAGGAGGAGCUGAGGAAGAAGCAGAAGACGGGCGGUUUCCACUGGAUGCAGAGAGAGGCUCAGGAUCCGUUCGCCCCGAGGGGCCAGCGGGGCGUCAGGGGGGUCCGGGGCGGCGGGAGGGGCCAGAGGGGCUUCCACGACAUCCCGUACCUGUGACCCUGGGCCUUGCGCUCUGCGCCCGGAGUGUUGCCGGCCCCGCUGCCCCUGCGCGAAGUCGCCAGGCCCUGGGCUUCAACCUUAAGCUGAUCACUUUGCUUUAGGUGUCGCGCGCCCGACCAGCAGCCUUUCGACCCACCCACAGCGCUCUGUCUUUCGGUAGAGGAUUAACGCCCCUGCGCAUGUACCUUGUAAAAUAACAAUAAAAACGUUUGCAG